UUUUUAAUACUUUUUCAGUUUAUUGACAGGUUAAUAUCAUACUUGAACAUAUUUUACAUCAACGUGAAUAAUUAUUUUGCCUGAUGUUAAAGAUAAAUAAAAGGCAGGAUGUAUCAAAUUUAUUUUUGUGGUUUGACACAACAGCUGAUUAGAUUGUAGAAUUAAUUGAUGUGGCCAUCACAUUGGGGGAGAAGGAGAAAAACGGUUGGAAAUCUGGAAAGAUCCAUGCUCCUGACGUCACCCGAAACGAGAAACGGGGCACAAAAGACAAAAGCACACAGCACUCAGAGCACUCAGCACCGCUACCCCAGUACCCCACCACAGUUCAUUUGGUUUCAGUCCUCUGCGGUGCAACAUCUUAAUUGUUCAGUGUAUAUUGAUAACAAAAAAAAAAAAAGAAAAACAAUAAUGGCAAAUAACGAGAGUAUGGAAAAGUUGAUUCCAUUCAUGAAUCAAAUACAAGAUAUAUUUACUAAACAUGCGGUUUCAGUUAAAUUUGAUUUGCCACAAAUUGUGGUUAUUGGUGGCCAAAGUGCUGGAAAAAGUUCAGUGUUGGAAAACUUUGUUGGAAAAGAUUUUCUGCCAAGAGGCAAUGGCAUUGUGACACGCAGGCCACUGAUUUUACAAUUAAUCACCAACAAAUACAGUGAUGAAGAAUAUGCAGAGUUUGAACAUACUAAAACUAAAAAAUUUCGUAUUAAUGAAGUUUGUAAAGAAAUUGAGAAUGAAACAGACAAAUCAACAGUUGGUGACAAAGGAAUAAAUCCUAAACCAAUAACAUUGAAGAUUUAUUCACCAACUGUUUUAAAUUUGACAUUAGUUGAUUUGCCUGGUUUAACAAAAGUACCAGUUCAUGGACAACCAGCUGAUAUUGCUGUUCAAAUAAGAAAAAUGGUUUUUGAGUAUAUAAAUAAAGAAAAUGCUCUUAUAUUAGCAGUAACACCUGCUAAUAUUGAUCUUGCAACUAGUGAUGCACUUGAGCUUACAAAAAUAGUUGAUCCUAAUGGUAUCAGAACAAUUGGAGUCAUUACAAAGCUGGACAUGAUGGGUGAAGGUACUGAUGCCAGAGCUGUGUUAGAAAACAAAUUGUAUCCAUUGAGUCGAGGCUACGUUGGUGUCAUUAAUCGUAAUCAGAGUGAUAUUGACAAAAAAAAAAGUAUUGCUGAUGCAAUUGAGUCGGAGAAAAAAUUUUUCAACACUCAUCCAGCAUAUAAAUUUUUUUCUGACAGACUUGGGAUUCAUUGUCUUCAACGAAUACUCAAUGAACAAUUGACUAAUCACAUACGUGACACAUUACCAGCAUUACGAAAUGAGUUGGAUGCUGAAUUAUCAAAUAUUAUAAAAUAUUUAGGAGAAAAUGAUUAUCAACUUGACGAUUCAGCAUCAAAAAUAGAAUCUUUAUCUGGAAUGCAUAGAGUUGUUCUUGACUUGUUCAAUAACGAAAUUGGAUUUUAUGAAUCUGAUAAAGUUAGUAAUACUCCGAAUGGUGGGUCCAAAAUCAAUCAAUUGAUGCAUAAAUUUCUUCCAAUUAGUAUUGCCAAUGCAACACUUGCUGAUGGUGAUUUGAGAAAAGAAAUUAUGGAAACCAUUCAAAAUGUUCGAGGUGCAAGAAAAGGUAUUUUCCUGCCAGAUAAGGCAUUUGAAAAUGUUGCAAAAGCACAAAUUAGUAAAUUAAAAGAACCGAGUAUCAAAUGUGUCAGUCUUGUUGUCAAACAACUCACUAAUAUCUUGCUUGAUUGCACUAAGCAUAUGUCUGCAUAUCCAAAAUUACGAGCAGAGACUGAAAAUAUUUUAAUUUCACAUCUUAAAGAUUGUGAAAAAAAAUGCAAAGAAAAUCUUGAUACUUCGAUUAAAAUACAACUCAGUUACUUAAACACUGAAAAUUCAGAUUUCGUCAAUUUCAAAAAGGCUGAAGAAACUGUUGUUAAUCAAAAUAAACCACCUCUUAUCCAGGGAGUAUCGAGAGCAAAUGGAGCUUCUCCAGCUAAUAAUUCUCCAGCAUUAAUGGAAAUAGUGCCUGAAAUGCAAGAACCUGAAAAAUUUUACAUCAUGAUUGAUUCAUUUUUAAAACCCCUUACAAAUAAAAUCAAUGAUCUUGUUCCAAAAACCAUUAUGUAUGUUAUAAUCGAAAAUAUUAAAAAGUUUGUCAAAAAUGACUUGUUGGUAAAAUUACUGGACAGCAAUGAUAAAUCUCCCUUGACGGAAUUAUCAAAACAAGAAAAAGACAAGCGUGAUGGAUUUCUUUAUAUGCGUGAAGCAUUAGAAGAAGCAUUGGUUAAAAUUGAUUCAAUGUCAUCAAUGAAUUUAGUCGAGUAA